GCUCAUGUGGCUUCUGCACGUGCUGCACGUGCGCCACGCCGCGGAAGGCUGCUAGCUGACGGCCUGUGCGACGACGUGCACGUAUGCCACACCGCGGAUGGCUGCUGGUCGACGCCCUGUGCGCCGUCGUGCGCGUGUGCGACGCCGCGGACGGCUGCUGUCCGACGCCCUGUGCGCUGCGACCGCGCCCAGCAUUCCCAUGGUCACUGAACCCACCCAUCCUCGACGCCCCGUUGUCAGGCUGCUCAUGUGCGCCAUAUGGAGAUGCCCAACGCUGAGUUGAGUCCAAUUUUCCUCUAGCUCGUGCGUAAGCAAGAGGGGACACCAGACGUGAGACAAUCAUCGGCUGAUCGGGCAGACAGAUAACCAAACCGACCAUGUGCGUUUUAAGUAAGUGGAGGGGCCGAUUAGCAGGAAGGAGGGUGGUGAGUCGCUAGGUAGCUACAGAUGGACGUACGUAUGUGUUUGCGGCGGUUGAUGCGGUGUAGGCGCCAUCUCUUCUCCGUCCCAGGCCGCCUGCCUGCCUGCCUACGUACGUGUCUCGAUCGACGAUGGCUAUUUAAACCACUUGUCUCCACGGCGUCCACGGCACCGAGCAGUCUUGGAGCCGCUCCGGUGGACCACUCCGUUGCCCCGCCGCGCAUUCUUCAGGAUCAGGUGAUUGAGCUUAACUAAUACAAUCGAGUUUGCUUCUCUUUCUUCUGGCUCUGGGACUGGGACUGGGAGCUUCAUCUCCUACCUGCCGCGUUCCCUUCUUUCCUUCUUUUCUUCUCGGCCAUGGCAAUUUGAUUACAUCUGCAGGGCCAGGACGAUGGGCUUCUUGUCGCUGCUUCCAUGCCGAUCGUCCAGGUCCUGCUCGUCGGCGUCAUCGGAGCCUUCCUCGCAUCAGGGUACAGCAACGUUCUCACCGCCAGCGCCCGCAGGGACAUGAACAAGGUUGUUUUCAUUGUCUUCACCCCUGCUCUUAUGUUCGCCAGCCUCGCCAAGACCGUCACCCUCUCCGACGUCAUCUCUUGGUGGUUCAUGCCGGUGAACAUAGCAAUCACAUUCCUAGUGGGUAGCGCCCUUUCUUGGAUAGCGUGCAAGAUCCUGAAACCACCGCCGCAUUUCCAAGACUUGAUCACCGCCUUCUGCUCAACAGGAAAUCUCGGCAACCUGCUGUUGAUCAUCGUCCCGGCUGUCUGCGAUGAAGACGGCAACCCGUUCGGGAACGAUCGGAGCCAGUGCCGCUCGCGAGGGCUCUCCUACUCUUCGCUGUCCAUGGCUCUUGGUGGCCUGUUCAUAUGGACGUACACCUACAGCCUUCUGAACUCGCUGAAUUCUGGUUCUGCAGACUUCUGAAUUCCAGUAUUGUUUCAGUAUGUAAAGAGCAUAGACACUUAUAUCCCCUGGCUUUGCAGACUUCUAAAUUUCAGUAUACUUCAGGCUACUGUUUUUUGCGGGAGAGUCCACUGAAAGGGCAUCAUACCAGGCAACAACAUUUGCACUAAGAGCUACCAAAGGGAUCAACUGUCUACAUACCAUGUAAGCGAUAGUCAUUGCAAAAGCUGCGGAUAUCCAAAUCUCUUUAAAAAUAAAAUCUUGCACCUCUAGAGGCUCUGUUAUCCAGUUGUAGCCGCCUACGUUGUUUAGCCACCCAUUUAUCAUUGCGGGUACCAUUGGCACCAAAUUUCAUUACCUUGAGCACCUUUGCGUUCAGAACAAAGAACUUGGCAAAGUUAGCAUCUGCUCUCUUGCCUUCAUAGGUGUUCAAUACUAUCGCUCUGAGAUGGAGUUCGAGGCAUUCGAUGGGAUCAAGUGUGUUAUAUUCGCACACAUUUUUCAUAUCCUUCCUAAGCCGUGACUGCAAAAGAACAGAAUAGUUAUUUGUGGCCACUUAGGUCGUGAUAAAAGGAGUAAUUUUACUGCGGGUAAAAAAAACAGUGACCUCAUCACUGGCAUAUAAGGAUUAGUUGCAUUUGCAUGAUGAUUGAAUUAACUGGGGAUUAUUGAACAAUGCACCCCCUAACUUCAUUUUUUAACUUGAAAAUCUCCUACGUAUUGUUGAUCAAAUUAAAUUCCAUGUGGCUAGAUUUAACAACAAAGAUUUUCACCUUGAUGUAUAGCUUCGCUAAGCAGGGAAAGCAUCUAAGGAAACCAACAAUCUUAUCUAGAUUGGGGUCGAUAGAUUCUAGAAUCAAGACCUUCACUGCACGUCCCGACGCAGUCAAGCUAGUGGGGAUAGUUUCCUGGAGAAAACCGAUACACACACAUCAAUAGAUUGCGAGUAGAAAAUGCCAAAAUGCAUGCAAGUGUUACCUGCAUAAUUGUUCCAUUCACAGAUUUAUAAUUGUUGAUAGACAGGCAGCCCAACACCAUCAAUUUCGGCGCCGCAAGGACUCUGACUAUCCUCAGGCCACCAUGUACGAUCAAUCUCUCAAGACAAGGUGCAUCCUCAAUGACAAGCUCCUGAAGCAGGGGCUCUUCAACGUUGAAGUAAGAACCAGAGAAAUCAAUAGUCCGUAGAGUGGACGAGAUGAUCCGGACGGAGCUGAGCCCCUGGAUAUUAUCAAGCUGAAGGCUCUCUAGCGCAGAGCAGCCAGCGAGCAGGCAGUGGAGGGUCGCAUCCGGGAUGGCGACACAAGAGAGCUCGAGCUGCUUCAGCCGAGGGAGACGAAGUGCCCGGGUAGCUUUAAUAUCGUGAAAAUCACAGCCGCACAGUCUGACGACGCGCAGUGUAGGCGCGAAACGGAGCACGGACGGCGGCAGCGUCCACCACGGCUUGCCGGCCAAGUAGAAAUCGAGCUCCUCAAGGCCGUGGAGGGCGGGGGAGCGGAACCAGCCGUCCAACCACUACUAAGAAAAUGCCUGCUAGUGGCGCACCAGUUUUGCCUACUAAUGGCGCACUAUUGGUGCGCCACUAGCAUCACGCCAUUAGAAUUAAAUACUAAUGGCGCACCACGCAGUGUGUCAUCCGUGCGCAAUUAGUAUGCCUCCAGGGGCCAUAUUUAUCCAUGUGCCUUGGCAUAUUAAUGGCGCACUGGGGGGUGAUGCGCCAUUAGUGUCCUUUCUGCAGUGCGCCAUUAGUGUGCUGAGUGGUGCGCCAUUAGUAUGAAUAUUAGGGAU